GUACCGGCGGCGGCAGAGUCGGCGGCGGCAGUGGUAACAGUGGCGGUGCAGACAGCGGCGUGGGCGGCGCAGGCGGUGGCGGUGCAGAUGGCGGUGGCUUUGGUGGCGGCGGCAUUGUCGGCGGCGGCGCAGGCGGUGUUGGCUGCGGCAGCGGCCGCGGUACAGACGACGGUGUGGGCGGGCAAGCGGCAUUGGCGCAGACAGCUGGGCUGCACAAGCGGCAACCGCUUGGGCGUCCACGGCUCCAGCAGCGGCAGCGGCGGCGGCGGCGGCGUCAGCAGCAGCGGUGGAGCAGACAGCGGCGGCGACGCAGAUUGCGUCGGCUGCACAAGCGGUGUUGGCUACACAAGAGGCGGCUCCGGCGCAGAUGGCAGCAACGCAGAUGGCGGCGGGGGCUGCGCAAGCGGCGGCAGUGGCAGCUCCAGCGAGGGCCAGCAACUGAGGAAGGGCAGAGAAGGCCAGAAUGACCAGAGAACCUGCUGUAGAGAAAGGCUUUUGGGGUUUGAGCAUCUGCACCUUCAGAAGCUGCGUUGAAGCCUUCAUAGGCAGCCUCUGCCACGUGAGGGAAGGCACCUCCACCAGAUAUUUAUGGAGAGAGGGAGAGAGAAUCCUGAAGCAGACGCCCCACUCAAGAUGAAGUCCAACGCCAGGCUGGAUGCCAGGACCCUGAGAUCGGGACCUGAGCUGAAACCAAGAGCUGACCGCGCAUACCAUUUGGUUUAAAUGGUCUGCAGUAAGCCUCAGCUACUGGCAUGACCCUUCCAUCCAGCAUUGUAUAAGACUAAGGAGAAGAAGGCCUCCAGAAUUAACAGA